AUGAUCAAAUCCUUCAUCCCGACGCCCGAGGAGAUCCAGGAGCUCCAGGCCCUCCACACCACGCCCGCCCCUCCCCCUCCUCCCCCUACCCUCCCUCCGACCGCUUCCCCCGCCGACAUGUUUGCCCCCGCCCCUCUCCCGCCCCCUGGCGUCUACCCUCCGCCCGGAGUUAUCCCUCCCCUCGGGUCCUUCUCUUCGUUGUCUGCUUCUUCUCCUCCUUCGUCGGGUCUUUUGCCUUACGGGGCCUUGGCGCCAUCUGGAGUCCUCCCGCCGUCGGGGGCUUUCCCUCCUUCAGGUGCCAUGCCUCCCUCAGGGGUCUACCCUCCACCCGGUGCCUUGCCUCCCCCAGGGGCCUACCCUCCCCCCGGUGUCCUGCCUCCCCCUGGGGCCUACCCUCCCCCCGGUGCCUUGCCUCCUCCUGGGUCAUAUCCUCCUCCCGGGGCCUUGCCUCCCGCGGGCGCCUACCCUCCCCCCGGCGCCAUGCCUCCCCCAGGGGCUUUUCCCGGUGGCCUAACUUCUGGAACUUUCUCGUCCGCAGGUCCCGCCGGCUCUGCGAAGGCUUCUGGUUCCAAGUCCUCCUCGGCCUCUGGUGGCGGCAUGGGCCCGAGUAGCUUUAUGCCCGGGGGUGGCAUGGGCAGCUUUAUGCCCAGUGGCAUGGGCUCUGGUGGUAUGGGGAGCUUUAUGCCAAGUGGCAUGGGCUCUGGAGGCAUGGGCAGCUUUAUGCCCAGUGGUAUGGGCUCUGGAAGUAUGGGCAGUUUUAUGCCUAGUGGCAUGGGUUCUGGGAGCAUGGGUAGUUUUAUGCCAAGCGGCAUGGGCUCUGGCGGUAUGGGCAGCUUUAUGCCCAGUGGAAUGGGCUCUGGAGGCAGCUUUAUGCCCAGUGGAAUGGGCGCAGGCGGUGCGAGUAGCUUCAUGCCCGGCGGCGCUGCCUCUGGUGGCAUGGGCAGCAGUGGAUCUAUGGGCGAACCAACCAUGUCUCCAGCUGUGGCCAAAUUGGUAGCCAAAUAUGAAUCUGCUGCGACUAACUUCAUGGGAAUGGGAGCCGCUUAA